AAUGAUUAUUUACAUUCUCUUUUUAAGAACAUUUGUUAUUCUACAAAAUCGUGAAAGUAGUAUUGAAAAAGUCGCAAAAAAACUUAUUUGUUUAGGUUAAUUUUAUCUCUGCGCCCUGAGCGACAAGCGACCACUAUCCAACUCAGUUUGACAGCCAACCGGCGUGUCGUUUUGUUUACAUUUUGUUUUCCGCUGCCACCAUGCAGUCCGGCAGUUUUUCCAAGUGAUUGCAGCGGGUUUCGUGCACAAAACUAUGACGAGCGAAGAGAACGGUGAUAUAAACGAUGUGUUUGAGGACAUUUUUCUCACCGAGGAGCGCAUCAUCGAGGAACACUUUCACCACGGGCUAGCGGACGGGCGGCAGGAACGGUCCGUACAGGAGGCGGAAGAUUACGGCCACAAGAAGGGUUCGGAAAUUGGACGAGAAAUCGGCUUUUAUCACACAAUCGUGACGGAGAUUGCCUCCCAGUCGGAGACGGCAGCGAACGAAAAGGCACACGCGCUGGUACAGGAGCUGCUGGCGGCGCUGGGAAAGUAUCCCCGCGAGAACGAUCCGGCCGUUGAUUUGCUGCACGAUUUGCAGCGCAUCCGGAACACGUACCGGCGGCUCUGCGCACUGCUGAAGCUGCCCUACAAGUACACGCAAACGAAUGGGCUUUCGUUUUAACCCGUCGCUGG